UGCUGUAGAAAAUAUAUAGGCAUAACCUUUUGGGGAAUAGGCUUAUUAUUACUUUAAAAUUACCUUGAAACAAGUUGGUUAAAAUCGCAAAAUAGUUGUGAGGAAAGGUCUACUAUCUUUAGUUUGCAGAUGGCAGGCUUGCAUCUUCUUAUCUAUGCUGUUGACAUGAUAAUUAUUUAUUACAGUGAAUAACGUUACUCUUGGAGUCCAGACCGUCCGAAUAUAUUUUUUCAUUUUUAUUUUGUUUUAUUGGCUGCACUGCAACAGUACAAUUGUGAUAUUAAAAGCAGCAAAACAAUAGUUUUUACACAAAGGAUAAUGGUUACAAUGUAGACGGCGCAUGCGUAUGGCUUUGCAUUGCAAAUUUUACCGUCGUAGCAAGCAGCUCCAAAUUCGGUGGCAGCGAAUAGGCUCAAUUGUCUGUAAUAGAUACUAUAAUAGAAACUGUCUACAUGAUUAUUAAUAAGAAGACCGUGAUGAAAAGUUGGUUGAGCAUUUGUUACAUUUUGCUGUUUAUUGAUGAUGUGUCUCUACAGAAAACAGUUGAGGGUUUUGUUGGAAGUUCUGCAGUGUUGUCCUGUCACUACAAUAAAAAAUUGCAAGACCUGACGGCACAUUGGAGAUAUAAUGACAUCAAGAAUGUUUAUGACAUACAAGAAGGCAGAGGGUCGGCUAGGGAGCAGCACCAGGAAUACACGGGCAGAGUUCAGGCAUUUUCUCACGAAUUUGUAAAAGGCAACUUCUCCCUCAAAAUUGAGAAUCUUCGACUCACUGAUGCAGGAACAUACUGCUGUUACAUUAUUGACACAAAUUACCAGGAAUGCACAGAUCUUAGUGUUAAAGUAAAACCACGUGAAACAAGAACCAAAAGCGAAGAAAAAUCUGAAAGAAUGAACCACGGAGUUGACAUAAAAGCAGAUGAAAUAGUAGCACUUUUAAUUCCAUUGUUAUCUAUGAUUAUUCCUCUCUGCAUUUGAUUCUGUGAAUGUGAAUCGUUGACAAGCUUGUGCUUUAAUAAUAGCUGCAGUGAGCCAUUGCUUGACCAACUUCUACCUGAUCAGGACUAUAGGUCAUUUUUAUGGACCACAGAACAUAUAUUAUUAUUGUAAUAGCUCUUUUAGCUAUAGUAUAUAAUAUUGUUUAGCUAUAGAGCAGUAACACAUCGUGUUACGUCUUUGACACAUCUAACCAGCUAGACCAUGUAUAAUGAUCUGUUUACGUCAUAUGAAACGAAAGCUUCAACUGAUAUGAGGCUACAGUAGUUUGUGUAAGGUACUUUUGUAUUUUGCCAACAUGCACUUUGAAAAAAAAAACAUCUUUAAGAAAAGUGACAAUGAGAUGAUUUUACUUUUUGAAUACAAGGCUGUGUAUACAGUAAUUUUGAUUUAAUAUGGCAAAUUUUCUAACUACAGUACAUUAGAUGUUUUUGUUAACCAGGGGUUUUAAGGAGUUGUUGUUGUAAGGAAAUUUUAAAUUUAAAGUAAAUUUGCUCUUUGGUCACACUACAACAAUUAUUUGUUUAUUUAUUUAUGUUUAUUUAUUUAAAUUAUAAUGAUCUUAUUUUAUUUUAUACACCAAACUAUUUACAGAUUGUCAAUAGUUUUUCACUUUAGUUGAACUAAACAAUUGUUUGUUUAUUUAUUAUUAACAUUAUAUUAUUUAUUUAUUUGUGUGUAUAUAUAUAUAUAUAAAUAUAUAUAUAUUUACUUUAUUUGUUCAUGUGUCUCCUGUUUGACAAGUCUUGUAGAUUUCCUUUCACCUUUUUGUGUUGCAAUGCUGUGCUGACUAAAUGGUUUGCGCUGAAAUAAAGGUGUGCUUUCGAGUUCUA